AUGCCCGUCCAAUUACUACCAGCCUCCGCCGCCGCCUUCGCCCCCAGAGCUGCCUCCGUCAACGUAGUCCUCGGCUCCAAGGUCGACCCUUGGCUCACCCAAACGCUCAAGCGCAUCAACCGUGUCAAGCGCCCCCUCAACUCUGUCGCCCAGCACCAGAGAUGCCUUGCCGAGACCCUCGCCAACAAGAAUGCCAUCUGGACCCUCGCUUCCGUUCUGCUCCCCAAGGUUCCCGAGGCCGACAUGCCCACCGACUACGCCGAGUGCCUCUUCAACCACCAAUUCGUCCAUGUUGAAGCCUACAUUGUCCACGUCGACAUGGUCCUCCGCAACGAGGUCGCCUACAAGCUCACCACCGACACUAUUGACGCCCUCGUUCAGUACCACAAGGAGAUUCACUGCGUCGAUGCAAAGGCAAACUCGUCCGACUGGUCAGGAAAGGAACAGCAGUGCAAGAUGUUGCACGACGACUUUGUGCAAGCCAUCAACAAAUUCGUCUUCCGCACACAUGUCACCGCCCUCGAAGGGCUCGAAGAGGACGGCGCGGGCGAGCUUCUCUGCGGAAAGAGUGAGGAAGUCAGGAUCAACCUCAUGAACCUCAUGAAGCCUCUUGUCCCUCCUCCUCCUCCUCCCCGUGUCGUCGAGAUGGUUCGUCAGCCUCCUCUGCUACCCAGCUCUCCCAUGAACAACAUCUGGGCCCCGAAUGUCUCCAUGCCUCCUCCCGUCGAGGCCUGGAACGUCCUCCCUUCGAGCCCCAGUGUCGCCUCCACAGUUGAAGCCACUACUCCGGUCUGGCAUAACAUGCACAUGCAACAACAACAUGUCCAUGUUCCCUCACCUCCUAUGGACUUCAGCCAACCUCAGGUCACAAAUGCCUUCUUCUUCAGCGGUCCUCAGUUGACUGCCCCCAUGUCAGCUGUUCCGCUGCCCAGCAUGUACGCGCCGAGCCAGUGCGGUAUGAAUUUCGCCAUGGGAGCUCCCUUGGAUUGGCAACGCUUCCAGGACUUUAGCACUCCCAUUAUGUGA